CUCUCUCUCUAUAUAUAUAUAUAUAUAUAUCAAGAAAGAUUCAAUUCAUUGAUGACAAAUUAAUCAGUUUCAAGAAAAUCAGCUACAGAUUCAAUGACAGGGGGAGUAAUCCAACAGAAGAACACUGACAGGAAGCAAAUGCUGGAAGCUUUCGACGAAACAAAAGCUGGAGUCAAAGGCCUGCUCGAUUCGGGACUAGACAAGAUCCCCAAGAUCUUUGUAAGGCCAUCUGAGGAGCUGUCUGAAGAGCUGACUUACAAAUACCCUAAGAUUGAGGUGCCUGUAAUAGAUCUGUCAGCUGGAAGAAUUCAGGUUGUCGAACAAGUCAGAAGUGCAUCGGAGAAAUGGGGAUUUUUUCAGGUGGUGAAUCAUGGGAUUCCCUCAGAGGUGCUCGAUCGGGCCAUCAAUGGCGUCAGGGAAUUUAAUGAAGGAGAUAUUGAGGAGAAGAGGAAAUAUUACAGCAGAGAUGAUCGAAGAAAUGUAAAAUUUAGCACUAACUAUGAUUUGUACCAUUCGAAGACUGCAAACUGGAGGGACACUCUCAGGUUUUCGUUUCCAGACCAAAUUCGUAGUGAGGAGCUGCCUCUCUCUUGCAGGGAAAGUGCAGUAGAAUACUCGAAUCAUAUUGCAACUGUGGGAAACAAUCUGUUGGAGCUACUAUCGGAGGCGCUUGGACUUAAAUCCGAUCAUCUAAAUAAACUGGAAUGCGCAAAAGGGCGCCGAAUGAGUAUGCACUACUAUCCAGCAUGCCCUGAGCCAGAACUAACUCUAGGAUCCACAAAGCACACCGAUCCUACAUUUCUCACAAUUCUUCUGCAAAACCAUGUCAAUGGCCUCCAAGUUUUUCAUGAGGAUCAAUGGAUAAAUGUCGAACCAUAUCCGGGGGCUUUGAUUGCCAACAUUGGCGAUCUCCUGCAGUUGGUGACGAAUGGGAAAUUCAGAAGUGUUAUGCAUAGAGUGGUGGUUAAUCGCGAAGAGGCAAGAAUUUCAGUAGCGUAUUUUUUGUCGGGGCCAAUUCAGGAGAAUAAGGGUUACGGCCCUAUUGAUGAGCUGAUAUCGGAAGAGAAUCCUGCUAUAUACCGAGAGGUGCAUUUGCUCGAUUAUAUUAAAAAGUUUUUGAGUGUUGAACUCGACGAGAAUCUUGGCCUUGAUUGUUGUAAAAUAUGAAGAGACUUUGGCCAAGAUAACAGUUUCUUGAGGGGAUGUGUUUUGGUUUUACUUGGACUUAGUAAUGUUCAAAUUUCGAAAGGGUUGUGUUGUAUUGAUGACUCUGUUUGGAUGGAUUCGGAAUGGGAAUGAUUUUAUAGCUACGGAAAUAAGACAUCAUUUGACUAC